AUGGAGGCGAGCGAAGGAAUCGCCUCCGCCGUGGGCGUCAAGCUGGAUCGGCCCUCUCCAGCAGCAGCCUCGCAAUCCAAGCGUGACCGCAAGCGCCAGGCUCUCGCCGACCGUCUGUCCGCCUUGGACGACAAGGUGCAGCGCGACCGGGACCUGACGUACCGCGACCAGCUCCAGAAAAUCCAGUACGAGGUCGGCCUGGUCCAGCGCUUCGACCCGUACGAUUCCAACGCCCUCGAAAAGGCCGCCGACCUGCUCCAGGAACACAGACAGGCCCAGGGGCCGCCGGUGCUUGCCGAUGGCGCCCGGAGCCUCAUGGACAUGGCGGGCAUCCGCUUCCCAGACUUCAUUGAUGAGGUGGAGGAUCUAAUUGAGAUUCGCGAUUUCCAGCUGGUGCAGUCCAAGAACGAAUACGAACGCAAGGUGCAAGAGUACAAGAACACGCACGCGUACAAGGUCGAGACGGCCAAGCGGGAGCACCGAGCCCUGACCGAGACGCUCCGCGAUCGGCUCAUCAACAGCCUCACACAGAAGAAGAACCGCCUGAACCGAGAAAAGGAAGUGCUGGAGAUUAACGACUCCAACGCCCUGCUGCUCAAUCCAAACCAAUUCAGCCUGACCAACCCCGCCAGCCCCGGCGGCGCCCAUGGCAAGCGGGCGACUCGCCUGCGCAAAGAUGCCGAGGAUCUCCAGGUCUACGCCGACGGCAAGAAGCGCAAGCGCAACCAGGGCGAGGACGACGGAUCGCCGGUGCCCUCGCGGCGGGCUCUCGACCCCAACAGCACCACGCCGCUGUGGCAGUCGGAAAAGGCGCGCGCGGCUGCCAAGCAGAACGGCCCCGUCUACAGCAUCGACAAGCUCUUCACGGACAAGGAGCUGUCUCUCCACUACAACACGGCCGCCCUGGCCGCUCACCAGUACGUGCUGCGCAACCGCGCCAACGGCGCCGCCUCUUCUCCCGACGGUAGCGACUCGGGCAACGGCGACAGCAACGACGUCGACAAGGACGAUGCCGACUCGCAGCCCUCUGCCGCCCCCAUGAUGGAGCGCCAGGUCUCGCAUGCAACUCGCAGCACUAGGGGUGGCGCGAACCAGAACUUUUUGGACGACAAGAUCCUGGGCAUCGAGGGCAUUGCUAACUUUGAGCUCCCGGCCAACCUGGACCUGAUCCACGCCCAAGAGCCGCCCAAGAUGCCGCCUCCGGUGCCGCAGCAGUACCUCAAGCCGUACCCGCGGUCUGCCGACCAGAACUUCCCCGUGCCUCUGUCUCAGGAUGACAUUGCCUCCGAUCUCUCCGUCAUGGGCUUCUUCAAGCAGUACGACCAGAGCCACAAGCCCGGCGCCCACCUCGAUGCGCCCAGCGGCCUGCGAAGGAUCCUCGAGGCCGUGGCCGUCCCGUACCACCAGGGUCGGUACGUUGCCUUUACCAGCGCCGCCCGCGACGACCCAGAGUACCUCCGCGACGCCCUUGGCAUUCCCUCGAGCAACAUCCGCGAUCAGCCCAGCCCAAUUCAUGCCAGUCUCUCCCUGGCCGCUCUAUCAUCGGCAGCCGCAGUUCCGAUGAGCCGGCAGAGCAGCGCUCAGGGCGGUGGCGUUGCCAUGAGCCGCCAGGGCACCAGCGGUAGUGGUCGUGGGAAAGGCCGCCGAGGUUGA